AUGGGCAUAUUCGCAGCAACAUACCUCCUGAAAACUGGCACCGUCAUCAUCCGAAAUGGGGUCUUUCGCCACCAGCUGUCACGCGCCACUAUCACGCACGAUGCAGGUGCGGUCAAGAUGCAGCUAUGUCUAUCCAAGCCUCUGACAAUGGAUGCUGGGCAAUAUAUAAACCUCUGGAUUCCUUCUGUCAGCUUCUGGUCUUUCCUCCAAACUCACCCGUUCACGGUCAUCUCGUGGGACGCAAAGGACCAGGACAGGCUUGAUCUCCUGAUCGAGCCUCGGAGAGGGCUCACGCGAGAGAUGUUGUACCACGCGGAGAAAGGCUACACCAACAACCUUCUCGUCAUGUUCAGUGGCCCUCAUGGAGGCACCCUGUCGAUGGGCGAGUACGAGAGCGUCCUAAUGGUGGCGAGCGGCUUUGGCAUUGCUGCCUUCGUACCACACCUGAAGAAGCUAAUCUACGGCUAUAACACUCGCGCGGUCCGAACUCACUGCAUUCAUCUGGUGUGGCAGAUAAAGAAUGAAGGUGGGAUUACCGAGGAUAAAUUGGAUGAUGGCUGUAUCCUCUCGAUUUCGGUGUAUGUUGAAACUAAGAGCUCGCCUAAAAAGCCAUUUGGUGAACGAGCUACUAUGUAUCCGGGGCCCACUCCCUUGCCAGAGAUCUUCCUUGCAGAGAUCUCAGGAAAUAAUAUCAAGGUCCACGCAGCGGAAGUCGGUGCUGAAGGGCAGAAGGCUUUGGAACAGAGCGAGUCAACAUCCAGUACACUGCAGGGUGAUGUUGAAUCCGGGAGUAGGUGGACGGUGGCAGGAGAUGGAAGGAUGCUCGUUGCAGUGUCUAGCUCGGAGGUGAUUCGAGACGAUUUACGGGCGGUCAUGAGGAAGUAUAUUCAGAUGGGGCGUAUUGUAGAGCCCUCGGAGAGUGCUCCUAGCUGGGUGGCACUCCAAAGCGUACCCUCGCGGGCAAGUGGAACGCCUAGGAUUGUGGAGUCGCAGGGAGGAUCCUCCUUGGAUGUACGAACGCCCAGGAGGAUACUCCUAGGAGCACCCACUGCCGAGGCGUAUCCUCUUAGGAUCCCUAGCACCCCAGGAGGAUCCUCCCAGGAGGAUCCUCCUGGGUGCUCGUACAUCCAAGGAGUAUGCUCCGAGUUUGUUUCUUCUCCAUGGACAAAGCUCCUCAGAGACUCUCUCUCCUAA